UCAGAAUUGCACUGAAAUAUUUUUAAAUACGUAAAGUACGCGUUUCGGUGGUUACACUGCGGUUCAUGUUGUAAUUUGUAUUAUUUUUUGUUCUAAAUUGUCUUGCAAUGGACGAAGAAAUCGAAGAUCUAGUAGGCGACGUAAAAUAUACAGAUUCACAAAAAAGUGUAGCCACUUCGAACGUGUACUCCCUGGACUUCACCGACAGUAGCUCCGAUAAAAACAACUCCUCCAGCAAGGAGACCUACGUCAUCGAGCUUGACGAAAGCGACGACAGCGAAACCACCUUCCACCUCCACGGAAACCAGAGCGUCAUCAACCUGAGAGACGUGAGCAAGCAAAGAACACCCUCAAACAUGAACAUCCAGUAUGAAACGAUAAACAAAAUCAGCAAAGCUACUUCAGCUACCUUCCACACUUGCUCCAUAGCCCAAGAAAUAUUUACACAAACCAGCAAAACUAUCAUUGAACUAGCCGAAACAGAGGGUGCUAUAAGAAAAGCUAUAGACAACAAAACAUUAGAAACCCAAACGUCGUUUAUAUCCAUAUCGGAAAACAAAACAGUCGAAUACAGGAUACACGUUACAGAAGCACAUGCUGAAUUCGCGAGACAUGUAGAUAAUCACGUAAAUAAUGCCAACAAUGUAUGCAGCAUCUCACGUAAUCAAAUUAUCUGUAACUCUUUAGAUGAUGGAUCUUCUAAAUUUCCCAUUUCUGAAUCGGAGAACGAUCGAACUGAUGAUACCAAGAGCGACAAUAGUAAUAGCUCUAAUAACGAUGAGGUCAUCAAAAUUGUCGACGAUAAAGACGUAAAAGAAAGCGAUUACAGUGAAAAUAAAGAGGAGUAUGGAGAUAGUAGCCCAUUUGAAAAAUCUGAUACAGAUAUUGAUGAAGAUUCUCUUAUGUGCAACGAGUAUAUUGAAGGCAACAAAAACUAUAAAGGAGAUAACACAAGUGAUACGAGUGAAGUACCAAAGUCGAUUGAUAGUGAUGUUGAAGAUCUGUACAAAAAGCUGUCUGAGAAAAUGUGUAUAAACGUUGAGAGAACUUGCGAACAGGAUUUAGGUCCUCGCUUUAACACGUUGUCUCCUUUGACCGAAGAGUCCGAAAGAGUUCCAACAAAGAAAGAAAGUAUUCUGGAUAUAACACCAGACUGCAGCAAUAUAUCUGAUUUGAAAGAUGAUGAUAAAUACUUACUCUUCACAAACAGCACUGGUAUCAAGGUGAAGGCUUUGCCUAACGAAGAAACCAGAAAUGAUCGAGAAAAUUUCAAAUUGCCUCCUAUAAAAAGCAAUCAGUCUUGUCCUACAAGCCCUCACUUGAAUUUCUUGUUUUCUGGAAACACGCAACGGUCAAAUUCACAUAAACCUAGAGAAUGGGGUGUAGGGGACAGGUGGGAGAUAGGAACGAAAGAUUUGGCUGCAGGCGAAAGUCCCCUCAUUAGUGGAAGAAGUGAUCCAGCGAGAAAACCCGACGCUCUGCAGCUACCCCCCAUACACGCGGAAGGCCAUCCUAAACAGAAUAUACCUCAGACUACAAACACAUCCGAGGUUAAAGGUCCUCAGUGUUUGAAAAAGCCUGAAACUUUUCUAGCAAGAGUUAACGAAUCCAUAAGUAUAAAAGAUAAAAUCACGGAGCUCAAGAUGAGCAAUAACAGUUUGAAGCAUUGGCCAUCGGGAAAGCAUAAUGUUACGACAUCAGAAAGCAAGACAAGCAGAAGUGCAUCUCCAGGCAGCGUGUCACCAGACGAGAGUCGACUGGGAGACAUCGCUGAAAGGGGCUGCGACGCACUCUGCGUGGAAUUGCUACGGAGACUGCGAUCAGCUUCUUGGUUUGAAAUAGCGGACACAUUAGAAGAAAUUCCAAGAGUCAUGGAGAAGUUCUGGGGAAUCAUACCAGAACACCGCAUCGCUGAUCUUAUCAGACAAGUGAGCGGUCAUGUUGAAUCUCCACGUACGCAAGUUGCCCGCUCGGCAUGUCAUACUUUGGCGUCAGUUUUGAAAAAUACUAAUUAUACUAAAAAACCAGAUUUCUAUGAAGCUGUGACGACGUUGCUCGUGAAGACAGGCAGCUUCAGCCGGCCGGUGCGGCGCGCUGCUAACGUAGCCCUCGACGGUAUAGUGUGCGGCGUGGAGCUGACGCAUGCAGUUACGGCGCUCUGCAUACAUGGAGUCGGCCACAAAAGCCCGUUGGUUAGAUGUGCGGCCGCUCGCCUGCUAGUCGUGUGCUGCGCCCUAGCGGGUGGUGGAAGAGACUUGCUGCGCACGCGGCCCCCCAGCGCGGUUUGCGCACGGAGGCAUGCGCUGAGGGCGCUCGCCGCUCUUCUGGAGGACAAGAGCACUGAUACCAGAAAGUACGCCGAGCGGCUGUACUCGAUGCUGCGGCCUCUAGCCAACUUCGAGGCGUUCUACCUGACGGACGUGGAGGUGGAAGUGGCCGCUCGCCAGAUGAAGAGGUUCGACCAGUUGCUGCUGUGCGGCCCGCCCAAGGACGCCAGGUGACGGCUGAGUGUGAUCGAUCAUGCAUGAACUCGGAGAAGCGCAUCAAGGCCUCGUCGUCUCAAGUUCAAUGUAGAGAUGGUCACAUGACUUGAGUUGUAAUUAGGUAAACUCACGUAACUUAACGAGGUUUUUUAUACAAAUAAGUGUUUAAAUAAUGUAUUUUGAAUCUUUUAGUGCUCUUCUGACUAAACAAAAGUCGCGAUAACUCAACAAAAAUAUAAAAUCUUUAAAAAAUAAAACAAGCUAUCACAAAAAGAUUGCACUCGAAAUAGAAAUGUUAUCUCCUGUUUUUACUGCACAUUUUUGUAAAUAUUAUUUUUAUUGCGUUUUAUAAACAAUUUAAAACUAAUUAACGGUGUGUGGCUUCGGUUAAUCGUUGUUCCGUUGUUUUUGUGUAAUUGUGACA